UCAAAGUUCGUGUGGCGGUCAGUCACCUUCAGCUUGCGUUAACAUUUGCUGUCAGUGCUCCUCUUCUUCACGACCAAGACGAGCACAACGAAGAAAAGAAGGCAAUCACCAUGACGACUGAAUACCACGAUGAUGUAGAAGAAGACAGCAGCUCCUUCUGGACCAAAGACCCCCCCCACGUCCCUCGCCCACGUCUGUCCACGCUCAGACGAUGCUUGUUUCCUGUUCUGACCGCAGUAGCCAUCUUGGUUCUGACUAUUGUACUGGGAGCCAGCUACUCCAGGUUGUCAAGUCUUAUAUGGUCAGUAGAGAAAAAUGUUUCCAACGUCAGCCAAUCACUGCAGACCAUCCAGCAGCUCGCCAAAGAUAGUGCCAAAGACGUAGAGCGACUGAAGUUUGCCGUGGAGAGCAACAAACAAGAAAUCACCUCAGCCUCGGAGGCUCUGAAGCAGCUUGCCACUCUGGACACCAUCAGCAGGGCGGUAGCGUCACUCAAAUGCUCCAUUGAACACAUCAUCAACAAUGGUUCCACGAAGGAUGGCUGCUGUCCUGUUGGCUGGCAGCGCUCCGAGUCCAGCUGUUACUUCUUCAGCCGCGUCCCGCUUUCGUGGCACGACGCAAGAGACUGGUGCAACGGGCAUGAGUCGCACUUGGCCAUCUUGCAGUCUGACGCCGUGUGGGAAUUUGUCCACCAACACAUGUUGGGCCUCUUCCACUGGAUUGGACUGAGCGAUGAGACGGGGAAGUGGGAGUGGGUCAAUCAUACACCUUACGUCAUGAACCGCAGGCACUGGCGACCUGGUCAGCCUGACAGCUGGAUCCAUCAUGGCCUUGGGCCCGGAGACGAGGACUGCGCUCAUAUACAUACCGAUGGCCGCCUCAACGACCUACACUGCUCCAGUAAGCUGAACUUCAUCUGUCAGAGACACAGCACUUGACCACCCCCCUUCAACCAACCCAACCUCUUAAACCUUCCAAUCCGGGUACUUGGCCACACCCCUUCACUCAACAAACCCUACACACCCCAUAACCUGGGCCACUAUACCGCUUCCCUUUAACCAGCUUCCCUGUACACGCACCAGCAUGGGCACUUGAACACGCCUUCACCCAACAACUCAGGCACUUGACCACACCCCUUCAUCCAACCUCCCCCACCUGUACGCCCACCAGCCUGGGUGCACCCGCAGCAUGACCAAACGCAGACAAUAAAAAGACAAAGAAUGCACUUUAUUGCUUUUUC